AUGAGGAGAUAAACCCUCAAACAAGAUCUUUAUUCACAAAUCUCGACAAUCGGACAGUCAUCCUCAUCAAAAAGGAGCAACCUCAAUAUUGACGAUUUGAUAUAUUAAUUCAAAAUGAGGAAAUCGAAUUACAAAUUAGCAAAACAAUACUCUGAAAUCAUUAAAAUAUUUGAUAACAAGCAAUCACCCAAAUAACCUUUUGAAUAUUAAAGUGGUCAGUUAUAGCUUAGAUCAUAAACACAACUGAUGCAAACUAAAGUUAGAUUACGAACAGAUGAAUCCCAGGAACUAUUAUAAUUGCAGGAAACAAAAUAAAGACUGUCACAUUAAAUAGACAUUCAUCAAAUCAUAAAUGAGACAUCUCCUAUUAAGAUUACUCCCAGACUUAAUUAUGAGAAUUUCAAGACAUUUUAGGAAACCGAAAGAAAAUCAUAUGAAUCAAAUAAUUAUAACACACAUUUGGCUAAUUUCGGUCCUUUAUCUUCUAAUCAAUGCGAAACAGAUGAAGAGAUAUAAUAGAUUUCAUAAUAAAGUGUUUAAAAACUAUCAAAAUUUAGAACUUUAGAAUAAGAGCAAUUUUAAAAAUGUUUUAAUAAAAUUAGUUCUCAAAUUGAAUAAGUGAAUAUCAAAUUCAAAAAACAAGGGUUCUUAAUGAUUAAAUUAUUUUCUAAAUGGACCGUUAAGGAAAAGGCUACAAAAAUGUAUUUUAGGUUUUUUGAACACAAAAUCUAGUCAUACUUUGAUCUCUUUUAAAUUUAUGAACCAUCAAUAGAAGAAAAUCAUAAUGAUAAUCAAAAUACAAAUUAAAGUAUAUUAUCAGAACAUGUUUUAACCCCAAUUAAUUUGAACAUUUAAAAUUUUUAAAUCCCUACUCUUAAACCUGUAACUUCAUUUGGAGCAAUUAAUUUUGAGGAGUAUUUGAAAAAGAAGAAUCAGAAUAUUGAAUGA